AGGACUUGGUGACUUUUGCUGGUGCUCCUGCUUCACAGAUGUGGAACUAGGGCUUAAGGAGUAUUUAUUUCUGCCUGCAAAUAUGUCUCCACACGGUGGUUUUUGCCUCUAGUAAGCGCCCACUUUGUUCAGAUGGGUAGUUCUUGCUAGGGCCUAGUGAGAGCUUGCACUCAGACUGAGGCUGGAGUUGGAACCGUCUGGAAGACAUACAUCCCUGGUACCUGGACUUGGAAGAGGUGCACAGCCCAAGGUUAGCCUGGCGAGGAAGAUAAAGACAUUUGCAACCAAGAUGGUAAUCACGAGUGGAAAUGAUGAAGACCGGGGAGGCCAAGAGAAGGAGAGCAAAGAAGAGAGCGUGCUGGCCAUGCUGGGCAUCAUUGGGACCAUCCUGAACCUGAUCGUCAUCAUCUUCGUAUACAUAUAUACCACCCUGUGAAUGGCCCCGCGCAGCCUCGGCGGCCUCAGGAUGGCCACGAGACACGGGUCCUGUGUGUCCACAUAUCGGUGACCAGACACGGCAGGGGGCCAGCAGGUUUGAAGACCACACACUGCUUCAUCAAUGCACCUUCGAACUUUCUAGUAGGUCACCAAAUGAACCCAUCCUGCUGUGAGGAGCAGACACUCUGAAGCACAAUGAAUUCAACAAAACUCAUUCAGACCACGAGGAACUCAGCGUCUCUGACUGGGGACCUGACGGGAUGCUGGAAAGACCAGCCUUCUGCACUAGUGGUGAGCAAAUGAGUGAGGAAAUGCCUCAUCCUGGAGUGCUGACCACAUCCCGUACUGGAAAGGAGGAGCCGAGCGGACGCAGCUCAGCUGCCCACCUCCUGGGACCAGCUCUAGGGGUGGUCCGCUCACAGGCAUCCCAAUCAUCAGAUGUUUCCAGCUGUUUGAUAUGGGAGAUAACUUAUUUUUCAUUUUUCAUUGGCUUGAUGUGUGUAUCUGUUCAUAUCAA